AUGUCCUCCCAGCAGAGCGCAGCUUCCGCCAAGGGCUUUUCCAAGGGGUGUGCCCAGGACCCCGCUCCGUGUCCUGCUCCCGCACCCGCAGCCUCAUCCUCCUGCUGCAGCUGCUGCGGUUCGGACGGCGGCUGCUGUGGCUCCGGCGGCUGCUGUGGCUCCAGCGGCUGCUGUGGCUCCAGCGGCUGUGGCUGCUUCCCCAGAAGACGCCGCCGACAGCGUCGGAGCGGGUGCUGCAGCUGCUGCGGAGGUGGCAGUCAGAGCUCCAGCAACGUCCAGAGCCAAGGGUGCUGUGGCGGCUGCUGA